ACGCGAUUCGAGAACCGUCUGUGUGGGCCCACACCGCAACCAACCAGGAAUGCCCGCCUCUUCCAAACUCCCUUCCGCCACGUGCUCCCUCGCCUCCGCCUCCUCCCCUUCCCCACCUCGCCGCCGCCGCCGCGUCGCCUCCCUCAUGGGCCAGUCCCCGAGCGCGCCUUCGGGGCGCAACCGUAGCCGGAGCAGCCAGCGGUGGCCGCAGCCUGGGCUUCGGCUGGACCUAGGGUUCCUGCUGGGGCGCAAGCCGUGGCAGGGGGGCGAGAGGCUGGACCUCGCGAACUGGAUGCGGUGCUUCCUCUCGCCUCCUCUACCGCCUCCCACAGCUGAGGCUGAGGCGGAGGCGAACGCCGAGGGGAAGGCCGCUGGGAGCCGCGAGGAAGAGGAGGUCGGCGGCGAGGAGGCCGACCACCUCGUCGUCAUGGUGAACGGGCUGUACGGGAGUUCGGCGGAUUGGAAGUUUGCGGCGGAGCAGUUCGUUAAGAGGCUGCCGGGGAAAGUUUUUGUGCAUCGUAGUCAGUGCAAUCAUUCAAAGUUAACAUAUGAUGGAGUAGACUUAAUGGGAGAAAGGCUAGCUGAGGAGGUUCGACAAGUUGUUCGGAGGAGAAGAAACUUGAGGAAGAUAUCUUUUGUUGCUCAUUCACUUGGUGGUUUAGUAACAAGAUAUGCAAUCGGAAAACUUUACGAACCCUCCAUAAAUGAAGUAUCUUCUCUUGAUACUGAUAAGCUCCGUGAUGAACAGAAAAGAUCUGCAGGUGGUAAAAUAGCUGGCCUAGAGCCAAUUAAUUUCAUUACAUCUGCUACACCACACUUGGGCUCAUGCUGGAAUAAACAACUCCCCUUUCUUUUUGGUGUCCCACUUUUGGAGAAAACUGCUGCAGGAACUGCGCAUUUUAUAGUUGGGAGAACUGGUAGACAUCUAUUCCUUACAGACAGGGAUGAUGGGAAGCCUCCACUUCUCCUACGAAUGGUUGAAGAUUGUGAUGAUGGGAAAUUCAUGUCAGCUUUGCACUCUUUUAAGCGCCGUGUUGCCUAUGCUAAUAUAACAUAUGAUCAUAUAGUUGGCUGGAGAACAUCAUCGAUUCGGCGCCAGUAUGAAUUUCCAAAGCUUAAGUUAACAGCACAGGAUGAAAAGUAUCCUCAUGUUAUUAAUGUCGACAAAGGAAAUUCAGAGGAUCAUCAGCAAGAGGAGUCUGUAGAAGACUCCCUCGUGGAUAGCCUAGAAGAGCUGAUGAUCCGUGGCCUUAGACAAGUGACCUGGGAACGAGUGGAUGUAUGCUUCCAUAAGAGCUGGUUAAGAUACAAUGCCCAUAAUAACAUUCAGGUUAGGAUCCAUCAAGUUAAUUCAGAUGGAGAAGACGUCAUCUACCAUAUGAUAGACAAUUUUCUGGUCUAGGUUGGCUUAACUUGCCAGCUCUCUGCGAUUAAUUCUGCUGGAGUUAUGCAGUAGGUAACUCCAGUCUAGUUGAUUGAAAUUUUGGCAGGCCAACAUGGUGCUUAGACCAUUUGUCCUUCCACUUUCAUUGAUACUAUAGUAGUGUAGAGAAAAGUGUUAAUACUGUAAAUAUUGGCUUGCUAAUGCAAACGCUUGUAAUUAUGCAUUUUAUUAGACCACAGGCUUGUGGUAAAUAUGCAUUAUAGAAGCUUAACUGGAAUAUGGAAAUUGCAUAAAUGUAAAAUUUGCAGGUUGCUAUCUA